AUGGUGUUCAAGAAAUUUUGGGAUGCAUUAUUUAAGUUCGAAGAUACAAUAAUAAUAUAUAAUAAUGUAACGAUCAAGGGAGUAAUAGAUUUAUUAAGUAUGAAUAAUUCGGAAAGAGAAGAUACAAUACACAAAGGAAAAUGUAGAGACAUAAUGGAUAGAAUAACAGAAUCGAUAAGAUAUAGAAUACAACCAAAAAUGAAAGAAAAAGGAUUACAGACAAUUAUAUUAGUAAUUGUAAGGGAUUAUAUUGAAGGAAAUUUAGAGAAUGAAGUAUUUGACAGAUUAAUUGGGAAUCCUGAGUUAGUGGAACACAAAUAUAUCUUGGAAGGUUGGGAUGUCGAGAGAAGAUUUGAGAAAUUUUGGCAAUGGUAUAGAGUCGCAUUAGGAGAAAUUAGAGCUGUAAAAGCAGAAGUAGGAGCAAUAGAGAAGUUCAAAGAAUUAUUUUAUGAAGAAGAAAAGAUAGCGGUAAGUGAAGAAAAAGUGAAGGAAUUAAUGCAAGGAAUAAUAUAUGAAAAUAUAGAAAUAGAUAAUGUUCAAGAACAUCAUAAAAAUAUGAUACAAAAGAUAAUAAGAAUAUUUAUAGAUACUAGGGGCUUUACAAAAGAACCAGAGGAUUCAGAUAGUGAAGGUAGUCCAGCGAGUUACGAAUUAGAAAAUAGUUCUGAGGAAGAAUUAGAGAUAAUAAUAGGAGACAAAUCAUGGAAAUUUAGUGAUUUAAAGAGAAGGACAAGUUCUAUAGAUGAAGAUCAAUUGAGAUACAUUUGGAAGAUAGGAAUAAAGUUGAUGAUAGAAAUGGAUAUAUUGGAAAUGGAUGAAAGGGAAAAAGAAUUGGAGAUUAGAGAAUGGUUAGAAAAAGAAACAGUAAUAUGUAAAAGAUGUGGUAAUAGGAGAUUCGAAAUGGACAGAACAGAUAAUGAAUGUGGGGAAUGUAUUAAAGAAAUGCAGAAAGAUGAACAAGAUGAGUUAGCAGAAUUAAAAGAUGAUUUAGAAAAAUUGGGAUACGAAAUAGAUGUAUCAGAAAUUUAAAGGAUAAAAAGUUUUGGAGUAAAUAAUCGAAUAAUAAUAACUAAAGAAUUUGUAGAAGAAUAUAUGGAAAUGAUAAAUUUGGAAGAUAAAGAAUUUAGAAAAGAGAUUCAUAAGUGGUUAAAUGAGAAUACAACUUGGUGUGAAAGAUGCGAAAUAAGAUGGAUGAAUGAUAUGUUUAGAUUAGGAGGAACUGUAUGCAGAGAUUGUGAAGAAUAAGAUAUUGAUGAAAUUGAUGAUCGGGUAAAAAGAUUACAG